CCGGUGCCGGUGUGUCAGUCCCGAGCAGGCACGCGCACAGUCGGUCAGAGCGCUCAGCAUGGGACUCAGCAGCGACCCAAACUUCCAGAAGCUCCAGCAAUGGUACACAGCCAACGCUCACAACCUCAACAUGAGGCAGAUGUUCGAGGCUGACGAGCAGAGGUUCAGCAAGUUCAGCCUGACACUGAAAACCGAUGAAGGUGACAUUCUCCUGGAUUACUCCAAGAACAUCAUCAACGAGGAUGUUAUGAAGAUGUUGAUUGAGCUGGCGAAGUCCAGGGGAGUGGAGGCGGCACGUGAUAGGAUGUUCUCUGGCGAGAAGAUCAACUUCACUGAGGGUCGCGCCGUGCUUCAUGUGGCGCUGCGGAACCGCUCGAACGCUCCUAUCAUCGUGGACGGGAAAGACGUCAUGCCUGAAGUCAACAAAGUCCUGGAGAAGAUGAAGGGGUUUUGCCAUAAAGUCCGUAGUGGAGAGUGGAAAGGCUACACCGGGAAAUCCAUCACUGAUGUAGUGAACGUAGGCAUCGGAGGCUCUGAUCUGGGUCCUCUGAUGGUGACCGAGGCACUGAAGCCGUACUCCAAAGGUGGACCACGUGUCUGGUUUGUGUCGAACAUUGAUGGCACGCACAUCGCUAAGACGCUGGCGGAGCUCAAUGCAGAGACCACGCUCUUCAUCGUCGCCUCAAAGACCUUCACCACUCAAGAGACCAUAACCAACGCCGAGUCGGCCAAGGAGUGGUUCCUGCAGGCUGCCAAAGAUAAAUCUGCUGUUGCUAAGCACUUUGUAGCUCUGUCUACCAACGAGGCCAAAGUCAGGGACUUCGGGAUUGACACAGAGAACAUGUUUGAGUUCUGGGAUUGGGUUGGAGGACGCUACUCCUUAUGGUCUGCAAUCGGACUAUCUAUCGCUUUGCACGUCGGCUUUGAGAACUUUGAAAAGCUCCUAGCAGGAGCUCACUGGAUGGACACUCACUUCCGCACAGCUCCUCUGGAGCAGAACACACCAGUACUUCUGGCCAUGCUGGGUAUCUGGUACAUCAACUUCUUCCAGGCGGAGACUCACUGUCUGCUGCCCUAUGACCAGUACAUGCACCGCUUCGCUGCCUACUUCCAACAGGGUGACAUGGAGUCGAAUGGGAAGUACAUCACCAACCAUGGCACUCGCGUAAACUACCAUACAGGACCCAUCGUAUGGGGGGAGCCUGGAACUAACGGACAACACGCCUUCUACCAGCUUAUUCACCAAGGAACUCGUAUGGUCCCUGCUGAUUUCCUCAUCCCGGCUCAGACUCAGCAUCCAGUCAGAAACAACCUGCACCAUAAGAUCCUGAUUGCUAACUUCCUGGCCCAGACCGAAGCUCUGAUGAAAGGAAAGACGACAGAGGAGGCGAAAAAGGAGCUGGAGGCUGGAGGAAUGAGUGGAGAGAAACUGGAGAAGAUCCUUCCACAUAAAGUGUUCCAAGGAAACAAACCGACAAACUCCAUCGUUUUCAAAAAGCUGACACCAUUCACUCUGGGAGUACUUAUCGCAAUGUAUGAACAUAAGAUCUUCAUCCAGGGGGUCAUGUGGGAGAUCAACAGCUUUGACCAGUGGGGUGUGGAACUUGGGAAACAGCUGGCCAAGAAGAUCGAGUCCGAGCUGCAGGACACGGCUGAGGUCAGCUCCCAUGACUCCUCUACAAAUGGCCUCAUCAAUUUCAUCAAGAAGAACUUUGCUUGAACACACACACACACACAUACACACACACACACAUGCAUACACAUACACACACACACACACACACACACACACACACACAUACACACACACACACACACACACACACACACACACACACACAGACACACACACUCAGACACACACACACAAAUACAAACACACACACAUCCCAAAAACAUACUUCACAGGCCCCCUGCCUGCCCUACGACCGCCUGGGAUUUCUAGAACCUUCCAUUACGAGCUGUAUAAAGCCUCCAAGCUUGAAUGUUUAAAAACGUGGCCUGAGUUUGAAACUUUAAUACUUCAUGCAUUAUAAUAACACAACUUCCUGUUCGAAACAUGUCAGCUAAGUAUUACAAGUUAAAAAGUUUCCUAAUCAAUAAAAAAUAUUACAUUUACUAAGCA